AAUCAACAACAUCCAUCAAGCUAUUCCACUCCCCCAACUCCCUCUCGCCAUGGUAAGCCCAGGCAAUCAGACGCUUCCAGGCGUCAAGCACAAGGUUAUUGGCCUCGUUUCUGGCGGCAAGGACUCGUGCUUCAACCUCAUGCACGCCGUCGCCAACGGUCAUGAGAUCGUCGCCCUCGCUACCCUCACGCCGGAGGAAGGCGUCGACGAGCUCGACUCGCACAUGUAUCAGUCCGUCGGUACAGCCUUGCCGCCCCUCAUCGCACAGGCGAUGGGGCUACCUCAUUACUCAGGCAUCAUUCGCGGUAAGCCCGUCGAGCAAAGGAUGGAAUACGGCUCGCGCGAACACGGUGGCGAGGGAUCAGGCAGGGAAGGCGAUGAGACUGAGGAUCUCACCGUGCUGCUUCGUACUGUUCUCGCCGCGCAUCCGGAGGCGACAGCCGUGUCGUCUGGCGCCAUUCUGUCCAACUACCAGCGCCUGCGCAUUGAGCACGUCUGCCAGCGCCUUGGAUUGACCUCACUGUCCUAUUUGUGGCAGAGCUCGCAGCUGUCGCUUGUUUCGGGCAUGAUCUCAUCAGGUCUUGAUGCUGUCCUGAUCAAGGUAGCUGGCAUCGGGCUCAAGGAGCAACAUGUCGGCAAGUCGCUCUCCGAGCUUUACCCCCUUCUCAUGCUGCUGCAAUCGAAGUACGGCUUGCACCCUGCCGGCGAAGGUGGCGAGUAUGAAACCCUCACGCUCGAUACACCUCUCUUCUCUCACCGUAUCCGUAUCAUCGAGUCCGAGGUCGUCGUCACUGAUCCCGAGCCCAAUCUGGUCGCAUACAUGCGGGUCAAGAAGGCCGAGCUUGAGCCAAAGGCUGGGUGGGUACGGCCCUCUGUGUCCCAACUGCGAAAGUCGCUUCGUAUCGGUCAGUACCAACAGCCAGGAGCGGAGGGCCUCGACGGAGACGGACUUGGCGUCUUCAAGCUUGUACACAAAGCAGAAGUUGAAGACCGAAGUGAUCUCAACCCAGCGGAGUGCGACUCGCACGAGAAUAGCAUGGAGAUCCCCUUCAUGGAGGAGUUCGAGGAUGGUGACACGGGAAGCUCGAAUGGUGAUGGCCCCAAGCCCGACGGGGGCAACGAUUCGGAUGGGGCAAGAAAGACAACUAGAGGCCUUCGACCCGUGACAACGAGUAUUCGGCGGAUGCAAGGUGCCAAGGGGCCGUAUAGGGGGCCGAAACUGCCGCCGACCGCCUCAAGUCCUCAGCAUGAGCCACAGUCUGAUGACGAACCGGCAGAGUUCUCUCUCGUCCCCCCGGCCUCUUCACUGGUCACUGAAGACCCCAAUGCGCUUCGCUUCGUUAAUCGAGGGCGAUGGUUUGCUGCCUCUGCCACUGGGCAGGGAGAAGGCGACGUUGCCGACGAGCUUCGCGCUGCCCUGGACUCCGUAAAGGCACAUCUCACAUCCAAAGGCCUCUCGCUUCCUGUCGACGCAGUUCAUGUCACUCUCCUUCUCGCGUCCAUGUCCGAUUUUGCUGCGGUAAAUGCGGCUUAUAUCAAAUACUUUGGCACGUCACCACCUUCCCGUGCUUGUGUCGGCUGCCCUCUACCUGGGCAGCAACGCAUUCGCAUUGAGAUUAUCGGUUUUGAUGGUCGGCCGCGGAACAGGCCAGUCGGCGACCGCACGGCUUUGCACGUUCAAGGCUUAAGCUACUGGGCUCCAGCGAACAUUGGGCCGUACUCGCAGGCCGUGAUCGUGGAUUCGCGCGUGCACAUUGCCGGUCAGAUCCCGCUUCAGCCGGCCUCUCUCACCAUUGCGCCGUACCCGGCCGCAUGCAGUCCCUACGGACACCAGGCCGCGCUGGCGCUGCAACACGUAUCCCGCAUUAUAAGCGUACUGCGUUGCCGCACCUCAGCCGGUGGGGGUUGGGAGGGCUCCCUCGAGGGCUGCGUAGCGUGGUGGGCGCGACCCCAGGGGUGUGGAGCGGAAGGCUCUAAGAUCUCGCGCAUCGCUUGGAAGGAAUGGGCGGAGACAAUGCGAUGUCUCGACGCCCCCGUAUUGUUUGUUCGCGCCGCGGAACUUCCCCGGGGCGCUCUUGUCGAGUACCAGGUCAACUUGCACACAGGCCGGCCAGGCUACAACCACAUAGUCGCCGCCGACGACGACGACGACGACGAUGACGAGGAGAAGGAAUUCGACGUGUUCUACAGCGCUAACGAGAUGUUCCCCGGGUCAUACCGCGAGAUGGCCGAGGCUAAAAGUCCGGCCCGAGGCACUCGUUCGAUUGUGUUCUUUCAGAGCGCAUUGGUCCUCCGUAUGCCAUACCUCAUCAAGUCCUUCCUGAACCAAGGAAGCGAGUGUGAUAUCCUCGCGCUGCGCGUAUAUCACCGCGGCGAGCUGCCAGAUGAUGUCCCUAUGCUUGGAAGAGUUAUGGGCGCGGCAUGGACUGCGGUACCUGUGCUGGACGUGCAGGACCGCAAUGGUGUGUCGUAUCCGCUUGCGCUAGACGUUUUGGCCGUGUAGACGUGUAGACGGCAGAGUCGUUUGUACUGUGCGUGUACUUAUGAGAUUCAUUGUCAUGUAUGGUUCAUGUAUGGUCC